UUUUUGCAGUCAAACACACCACAUAUUUUCAGUCUGUCAAAAGACUAAUCGCAGCAAGAAUGAUGUCGAGAAUUAGGAAAAAUCCAACAAAAUAACCGAAUCUAAUCGAAUUGUUAAUAACUUAAAAUUUAGUUUCUCUUUAUUUUAUUUUGAAUAAAUUAUAAAACAAAAAUGUGGGCAGAAGCAAGAAAACAGGAGCGUAAGAUACGAGGUAUCAUGGUUGAUUAUCGCAAGCGGGCAGAGCGUCGUCAAGAUUUUUAUGAAAAAAUCAAAGCCGAUCCGACACAAUUCAUGCAAAUUCAUGGACGUCGGUGUAAAAUUCAUCUUGAUCCGAUGGUGGCCGCAGCUGCAGAAAAUCCAGCAAUCAUGAUGCCUUGGCAGGGACACGCCGACAAUUUGAUCGAUCGAUUUGAUGUGCGCGCACAUUUGGACUACAUUCCGCCUGUGACAAAAACAACAGACCAACCAGAGCUAAAUCAAGAGGAGCGCCAAUGCAAUUAUGAAGGUUUUCGAAUUUUGGCCCAAAAUGAUUUUCUCGGCAUUAGUGAAGAGAAGUUCUUGCAUCAAUUGCAUCUUGAAGAGCAAUUUGGUGUGAACGCCCAACAAUUGGAAAUCGAAAAAGUAAAAAAGAAAAACACCAGCUCAAGUGGUGGUGGCGCUGCAAUUGGUUAUACAUACGAAGAUGACUCUUAUUCGGCUGGUGAUCAAAUUAGUAAAUUUAAUUCGGCAAAUAUAAUUGCAAGUGCUGCCGGUGGCAAUGCAGCCCAAGAAGAAGACUCCGAUUCAGAUAUUGAUGUUGAUGUUCCAAUCGAUAUUAAUAAAAUCGACACACAACAGGCACACGAUCUGAAUACCUGCGGCCGAAAUUAUGGAAUGCAGAGCAAUGAUUUUUAUUCAUUUCUCACUAAAGAUGCCGAUGAAGCUGAGUCACUGAAGCUGGCAAGAGAAGAGGAACAAGAGAAAAUUAUGCUUUGUGGCAGGAAAAGUCGGCGUGAACGUCGAGCACAAAGAGAAAAACGUUUUGCAGGUCGUACAAUUAGCCCACCAAGCUAUGCAGCGAAAGAAGAACCAACGAAACCUUUGACCGAUGAUAAAAAUGACUCCGAUUCACGGUCACCAUCACCGGAAAAUUCAGGAAAAAUAACAUACAUCACAUCAUUCGGCGGUGAAGACGAGCUCGGAUCACACUCAAAAAUAUCAAUCAAUUUUAAUAGAACGGCAAAGGGAACACUGGGCAGUGAAUUAAUUGCAAAUCGAUCGGCAAAUGCAGCCAAAAUAUCCGGCGAAGCUGUAUCAUAUGCUGAUAAGGUUAAACAAAAUUUAGAAAAACUUAAACAUUUAAAUGAUCAACCGAAAUCACCACGAAAACCACUUGCAUAUCAACGACGUGGACACACUAAAAGUCGCAGCCGAUCACGUUCACAUUCAAAGAAAUCAUAUCACAGAAAUUAUAGAAGACUUUCGCCACGUUCAAGAUACCGACGCUCACGCUCGCGAUCAACAUCAAGAAGGCGUGGAACACAUCGUCGCAGUCGAUCAAGAGAUCGUCAUCGACAUUAUUCAACUUCUUCAUCAUCCUCAUCGUCUUCGUCGACAAGACGCAACAAAAGACGUCGUUCGCUAUCAACGAGCUCAUCAUCAAGCUCGUCUAGUUCUCGAAGUAGCAGCAGCUCAUCAAGAUCGUCUAUACCACGAAGACAAGUACGAUCUAAAUCUAUUGAACGGAAUAAGAAAGAUGUGAAAUCUCAAUCUAAAGAACGAGAAAAGUCCGUUCGAACGACAGAAAAAUUAGCACCUCCAAAUCAAAAGACAACAACAAUAAUUGCACCUAUUAAUCCGACACCAACCGAAAUACCUCCACUUCCGCCAGCCGAAUCUGCAUCGCCUAUAAUUCGGGAGCAACCAAAAUUGCCUGAAGUACAAGUUCCGAUAAAAAAGUAUUACGGUCGAAAGCGUGACAAUCAAAGUUCGUCUGAUGAAGAUGACCUCAGUUACGAAGAAGCCGAAUCGACCGUUAAAUCAAAGUCCGAUACAACCACAUCAUCCACGGUUAAAAAUAUUAAUCUUGGUAAAGCAGCAACCAUCCAUACCAAAGAUUCAUCAGCGUCUGGUGGAUCGAAAACCUUAAAUCCGCGUGAUCGAUUGAAGAAGAAAAUGCAAAUUCUAUUGAACAAGCAAUACAAAGCUGAUAAAAUGGCUGAAAUUGAGAAAAACGAGAGACAAAUUCAGCAACAGCAAGAGCGCGAUGAUGAAAUGCGGGAAAUGGCACUUCGACUCCGACGAAGACAACGUGAAUUGCGUCACAAAUACGGUUCACCAGGAGGAGACAGUGAUAAAAGCGAUGGUUCAGCUUUGAGUAAUCGUAGCUCAGUUUCCCGUGGCAAUCGUGGUAAUUCGCGUCAAAGAACAAAAUAUCGGUCGCCAAGUCAUUCGAAUCGCUCUCGCUCCAGAUCGCAUGAUUCACGAAGAAAAGAACGUGCCAAAUAUUCUUCGCAUAGAAGACAUAGUCGUGACAGUUCUAGACAUCGACGUAGCCGUGAACGUAGCAAAAAUCGUUCAACCUCAAGAGACUAUCGACGCAGAAGCAAUUCAAACGAACGUCGACGAAACAACGACCGACCAAGAAAAUUAGUUGAUUAUUGAAAAACUGAACAUUUCAACCCGAGUUUUUAUUUCUUUCGGAUUGUUCCAUACUAAAUUGUACCCGAAUAUCAAACCAAUGUUUUCCAAUUGUAUCAUGAAACGAUUUUAA